GCCUCCAACUUCCAACGAUGGCUUGGGCUCUUGUUUCUGCUAUCAAGGACCAGCUUAGUUCUUUCAUUACUUCAGAGUUCACGUUGAUUGCAAAUGUUAACGGAGAAGUCAAAAAGCUUGAAAGAAAAUUCGACACCAUCCAGGCAAUGCUCAACGAUGCAGAGAAAAGGCAACUGAAGGAUGAAGCUGUGAAGCUUUGGUUAGAUAAACUCAAACACGUAUCCUACGAGAUCGACGACGUGUUGGAUGAGUGGAACACUGCCAUGAUCAAAGCAGAGAUUGAGAAACAACAAAAAGAAUUCGAAGAAGAAGAAAAAGCUGAAACUAGUGCUGCUAAGAAGAGGAAGGUAUGGCCCCUCAUCUCAGUUCCUAAUCUUUUUCAUCAUCGUGAUAUUGCUCAUAAGAUAAAAGAACUUAACGAAAAAUUAGAUGAGAUUGACAGAGAGGGAGAGAUGUACAAGUUUGUAUUGACAAGGGAAAAUGAAGAAUUUGAGAGACCAAAAACUACUUCCUUUGUUGAUGUGUCUGAUAUUCUUGGUCGUGAUAAAGUUAGGGAUGAUCUAGUGAGAAUCUUAUUGGGCGAGAGUGGUGAAGAGGAAAGAAACCCCCAUGUCAUCUCUUUGGUCGGCAUGGGUGGUAUUGGGAAAACUGCCCUUGCCCAACUAGGCUUUAAUCAUUGUCAGGUGAAGGCCCAUUUUGAUACAAGAAUUUGGGUUUGUGUUUCUGAACCUUUUGAUCAAUGUAAGGUUGCCAGAGCAAUCAUUCAAGCUUUUGUUUUUGGAGGUGGUGACUCCAACGUUACGGAAUUGCAAAGUCUAUUGGAACAAAUAUGUGAAUUGAUUAAGGGAAGGAAGUGUUUUCUUGUCUUUGACGAUGUGUGGACUGAAGAUUCCACAUUGUGGGAGCCAUUCAGGCUUGCACUCCAAAAUGGUGCCCCAGGUAGUAAAAUUCUGAUCACCACACGUAAAAACAUAGUUGCAAAGAUGAUGGGUAGUACAUACAUGAUCAAUUUGGAAGUACUUUCUGACAAAGACUGUUGGUUGGUGUUUAGUAAAAUAGCACUUUGUGAUAAGAAUUUUGAGGAGUGUAAGCAACUGGAACACAUUGGCAGAAAAAUAGCGAAGAAGUGUAAAGGCUUGCCACUUGCUGCAAAGACUCUAGGAAGUUUAAUGCGCUUCAAGAAGAGUAUAGAACAAUGGGAGAUGGUUUUAUGUAGUAGACUAUGGGAAUUCGAAGAUGUUGAAAGAGGUCUUUUUGCGCCGUUGUUACUAAGUUAUUAUGAUUUGCCCUCACCAUUAAAAAGGUGUUUCUCAUAUUGUGGUGUCUUUCCAAAAGAUUAUGUCUUUUCUAGCGAUAAUUUGAUAUUUAUGUGGAUGGCACAAGGAUAUAUCAAGUCGAAGGGAAAUAUGGAGAUGGAAAUCAUUGCUAGAGACUACUUUGAAAAUUUAGCCAUACGCUCUUUCUUCCAAGAUUUUGAGAAAGAUGAGGAUGAUAGCAAGAUAAAAAGAUGCAAAAUGCAUGACAUAGUGCAUGACUUUGCACAAUUAAUUUCAAAAAAUGAAUGCUUCUCAAUCAAUAGUGACAUAGAGUUGGGAUCAGAUUAUAAAACUGCCCGCCAUUUGCAAUUAGAAAUUCCCAAAAAUACUCAAUUUCCUGAGUCUAUUUAUAGUGCAAAAAAUCUGCGCACCCUAAUUUUUGUAUAUCGAAGUGAUUAUAACUUAUCUACUUUAUUCCAACAUUUUAAAUGUUUACGAACAUUAACUUUGAAUUUUGAAUAUUGUGAUACGUUAGAGGAACUUCCAGAUGCAAUUGAAAAUUUCAUACAUUUGAGGUAUCUUAAUUUAGUCAAUUAUGAUGGAGACGGAUUGCCUGAAACCAUUUGUAAUCUACGCAAUUUACAAAUUUUGAAUAUUAUAAUCGUAGGUGUGAAGUUCCAAAAAUUGCCAAAAGGGAUGGGUAAACUAAUUAACCUAAGACAUUUUAUUUUGGAUCUCAGAUACAAUUGGGUAAAAUUAGAGUUUCCAAGAGGAUUUGGGAGAUUGAGUUCUCUUAGAACAUUAAGUUAUUUCAACAUAAGUGGUAUGGAUGACAGUGAAAGAUGUAAACUAGGAGAAUUAAGAAAUUUGAACCACCUUGAAGGGACUCUUACAAUAAAUGGGUUGGGAAGCAAUGUAUAUGAGGCCGAGAAUGCACAACUAAAGAAGAAAACAGGUCUUCGUACUUUGAUACUACGGUUUGGCAAAUGGGAUAGUGAGAAAAUAAUAAGGGAGAUAGAUGUAUUAGUUUUGAAUGCCUUAGAGCCGCCUCCAAACUUGGAACAUUUACACAUAGAAUGCUACCGCGGAUCGACAAUAUUUUCUAAUUGGACGAUGUCCUUAACCAAAUUAAAAGUACUUUAUAUCAGAGACUGCUAUUAUUUAGAGCAUUUGCCUCCUCUGGGAAAACUUCCGUUCCUUGAAUCAAUAGAGAUACAUGAAGCUUAUAGUGUGAAAAAGGUGGGGGUUGAAUUUUUGGGAAUAGAUGAAUUAGAAAAGAAGAAGAAAGACGAUAUAAUAAGAAUCAUAUUCCCAAAUUUGAAAUCUCUCAAAUUUGUAUAUUUGGACAAGUGGGAAGAAUGGAAUGGGAUUGGAGAAGAAGAUGAGGAAGAAGAAGAUGACUGUAUCAGAAGAUUCACUAUAAUGCCACGUCUUCAACAUUUGGCAAUCUGGGUUUGCCCAAAGUUAAAGUUGCUGCCAAACUUCUUUCAUACAGCUCCAUUACAGAAUUUGAAGAUCUUUUACAGUCCAUUUCUCAGAGAACGUUGCAAAAGAGGGACAGGAGAGGAGUGGCCCAAGAUUUCCCACAUUCCUAACAUCAAUAUUGAUUUCAAGCAUUUGCAAAGAGACGGUCGAGAAUUGAACCCAGAGAUGUAUUGGGACUAGCCGAAUGACCAGGAAGAAGAUGACGAAGAAGAGGAUGACAAAGAAGAAGAAGACAAUGAAGAAGAUGAUGAAGAGGAGCACGCCAAAGAAGUGGACCUAUGAUUUUCGUUUUUCCUUAAGGAUAGUCUGCCAUUGGUGUUAUACGAAGUUUGUAAGGCAAACUUCCCCCCUGUUCUGAACUAUUUUAAUGAAGUUUCAUUGAAGUUUAUCCAAAAAAAAAAAAGGUUAGGGGUUGAAUUUAUGGGAAUAGAAGAAUCCGAAAAGAAGGAGAAAGGCAAUAUAAUAAUAACACUAUUCCCAAAUUUGAUAUUUCUCACAUUUUGGGGUUUCGAUAAUUGGGAAGAAUGGAAUGGGAUUGGAGGAAAAGAAGACUGUAUCAGAAGAUUCACUAUAAUGCCACGUCUUCGAGAGUUGAUAUUUUGGGAUUGCCCAAAGUUAAAGUCACUGCUGAACUUCUUUCGUACAGCUCCAUUACAGAAUUUGAAGAUGGACCAAUGUCCAAUUCUCAUUGUACAUUGCAAAAGAGGGAUAGGAGAAGAGUGGCCCAAGAUCUCCCACAUCCCUAACAUAGAGGGGUUUUGGCCCUUUAGGGACUGGCCAGAUGACGAAGACAAAGAAGAGGACACUGAAGAAGAGGACCUAUGAUUUCUAUGUUUUUAGGUUCAUGAUUUUAGCUGCAAGUAGAGGUUUUUGGAUGACGAUGGUGAAAGAUGAUUUGUUUGUGUGUGGGCAAAGUUCAUUCUUGGAAUGAUUCAGUAAUGCAAGUCUGAUGUCAUCAUGGUUGCAGUUUUCUAGUUCCCCAAUGUGUCACUGGUUGAAAGGUGCUGGUCUCUUCAAAAUCAUCGUUGUUGUGAGUUUAUUCAAUUUCCAAGGUUCAUAAAGUUUACUACAAGUUUGGAUUUUUGGAUGGUGAUGGUGAAAAUUAUUUGCGUUUGAGCGUGUGUCCGAAAAGUUCAGUAUCAUCUCUGAUUUAGUCAUGGAGUUUGAAGCAUUUCGUUACAUGAAAAAGUGUGAAGUACCGGAGGCCUGUUACCAGCAAGAAAGAAGAAGAAACUACAUAUACCUUGGCUUUGUUAGUUGGAUCAUUUACUCCUCCACUGCUUGUACAUUUUGUGAUGAAUCAAAUUUUCCCACAUGGAUGUACAUUUGAGAAAGGACCACAGAAGCAGGUUCUCUAUCAUUUCAUAAUGGAAGCAGCGAAGUGCAUCAUGGAACAUAUCAUGUGUAAUCCAUAUUAUAUGGUGACAGAUGAAUGGUGAGAUAGUGAUUGAAGAGAUUUGUGUCAUGGAAGAGAGGGAAGAGUGGAAUGUUAGCACCAGGAGUGGAGCGGAAUGAGAUGAGAAAUGCCUGCUUUUCUUUCUAUAAUUGUUAGUCAUCCAAUUUGGAAUGACAUUCAAAACUGUAACUACCUGAAUUAGUCACCAAUAUGUGCAAGGAAAGAAGAAGAACAAAAUGAAGCCAUUUUACUUUUGUUUGCUCUUGGCAGUUCAAUUCUGAUUCACCUAUAGAGGCAGAAGAGUUUCAUGGCAUGGAAGAGUGCAAAGUGGGGGAAGCAAUUACCAUGAGAUAUGAAGAUAUUACAAACACAUUGGAUCAAGUAACGAUCACAGAACACCAUUCUUGGUAGUGAAUCAAAUUUUUAAUUGGUUUGUUUUGACUUCUUUGCUUUCUUAUUUCCAUCUGUCUGACUCCAAGAGUUUCCUCCACAGUGUGGUUUAUUUCCUUCAAGAUGUAGGAAACCGUAUCAAGGGUAUGUCUAAUUUUUUUAGGCCUACGACUAGAAGCUAAAAUGAAGAUAUUGCAUAAACCGAGAAUCUGCUUAGUUACAUCAAUGCAAUGUAUCUGACUUGAAUAUUAUUAGUUUAGCAUUUAUCUAAUUAGCCUUCAGAAGCACUUUAAACUUACCUUGAUAUCUUCCUAACAAUUGAAAAUAAAGUUCCUUAAAGGAGGGCUGUAAUCUCAUAUUGAUUAUAUUCUAAGUAAUUAAUUAUGGCUUAAGGCAUUGUAUAUUUUCUAAAUAAAGAAUAAAAUUUAAUGAAAAUAGAAAUUGGCUUUCAUUUUUUGCUAUUACAGAAUCUAUAGAGGAAAAUUGGGUAAUGCAAAACAAUCCAUAGCCAAUGAACAUUGUUAGCUUUUUUUUUUUUUUUUUUUGGAGGUAGUGAUCCUAGAAGUUGCACUAGUGUAUGUUUAGUGCUACAAAACAAUCUUACCUGCAAAUCUUUUCAAAAUGGUUUUAUGGUAUCUGUUUGUACUCUCAUUCCGCUAACCGGUUAUAUUGCGGGUUGAACUCAAAACCAUGGUCCAUAUAGGUAAGCACAGCUUGCUUAAGAGGGAAUGGUUAUGCAAAUGAAUGAAAUUUUAUUUUAUGGCACCAUAAUUGGGAGAACGUGAGGUUUUAGUGGCAUCUUUGAAACUGUCUACAGCAUUCAGGAUCGAGGAAUGUACUAAAAAGAUCUUCCUUGCCAUUAGUAAAUUUAAGAUUUAACUUUUCAUUGCUGCCUCAACCUUGCAAACUGCUCCAUUAUAUCUGUUUCAUAAUUUUUCAUUUGAAUCUCAUCAGUUUUACUUAAUGGGAGUAGACAUAGCUCAGGAGCGGCUUUUGUUAUUUAUGAGAUUAUUUACAAUGGAUGAAGAAGAUAAGAUCAAUCUCAAAGUGGAAACACCAUCAGCAAUAUGAAGGAUUCAAUUGAGGAAGGAAAUGAGCACAAGCUUGAAACCACUCGCAAAGGAAAGUGAUGAAGAUAAUGCCUCACAAAAUAUAUUAUAUGCCACUAGAAAACAUUCCUUGCUUUACAAUAGACCUCUGAGGACAGAGAAAGGAUGUUUGGUGAGCACUUGGGGAUGCGAGCAUGGAUUUUGAACUGCCAAGGGAAAUCACAGAUGAAGCUCAUUUUGCUAGUGGCCAGAGAGUGUUGAAGUUACAAGCAUGGAGAUUGGUGUUGUGCACUACAGUGUUGAGUUUUAUAGUGAUGAAGAUUUGACAUUGACCUCAAAUUUCAUCUUUUGUGCCCUCGUCCUCUGUGUUCUCCUCAUCAUCAGGUUUAAAUUGCAGCUGGAAGACGUGCUGUAGUCGUAACAAUCUUGAAGUGGCCAGUUUGCUGAAAGUCAAAGAAAUAAGGUGUGUACACUGUGGCAUUAGAAGGAGCAGAGAAAGAUAAAGUGGUGGUGACUGGUGAUGGAGUUGAUGCUGUAAGUUUGGCUGCUACUAUGAGGAAGAAGGUUGGGCACGCUAAUAUUAUUAGUGUAGCAAAGAUGAAGAAAGGAAACUAAGUUGGAAAGCCAUAUACAUAUACCCUUGGUUACCACAAUUCCUUUUGAAGGACACUACCUUUUCUUUUAUUUUUUUGUUAACCAGAGUCCUUGGACCUGGCCAUGGUCAGAUGUCAACGACAUAGAAGAAAAUGACGAAGAAGAGGAUGACGAAUAAGAGCACGCCGAAGAAGAGGACCUAUGAUUUCUGUGUUUCUAGCUUCAAGUAGAGAUUUUUGGAUGGCGAUGGUGAAAGAUGAUUUGUCUGUGUGGCCAAAGUUCACUCUCGGCUUGUUUCAGUGAUGCAAGUCUAAUCCAUUCAUGGCAAAGUUUAGCUACGGCUUGAUUCGGCAUUGCAAUUCUGAUCCAGUCAUGGCAGGAAAGAAGAAGAAACUACACAUACCUCGGCUCUGUUAAUUGGAUCAUUUACUCCUCUACUGUGAGGAGAAAGGACCACAGAGGCAGGUUCUGUAUCAUUUCAUAAUGGAAGCAACAAAGUGCAUCAUGGAACAUAUCGUGUGUAAUCCAUAUUAUAUGAUGACAGAUGAAUGUGAUUGAAGAAAUUGUGUCAUGGAAGAGAGGGAAGAGUGUAAUGUUAGCACCAGGAGUGGAGGGGAAUGAGAUGAGAAAUGCAUGCUUUUCUUUCUAUCAUUGUUAGUCAUCCAAUUUGGAAUGACAUUCAAAACUGGAACUACCUGAAAUAGUCACUAAUACGUGCAAGGAAAGAAGAAGAAGAAGAAGGAAAUGAAGCCAUUUUACUUUUGUUUGCUCUUGGCAGUUCAAUUCUGAUUCACCUAUAGAAGAGUUUCAUGGCAUGGAAGAGUGCAAAGUGGGGGAAGCAAUCACCACGAGAUAUGAAGAUAUUACAAAUACAUGUUUUACUUAAUGGGAGUAGACAUAGCUCAAGAGCAGCUUUUGUGGUUUAUGAGAGAGAUUUGAGGAAUGAGAACCAGAUUGGUGUUGCCGCAUUCCCUAGAGAUGGUGCCUGUUAAGAAGAUGAUAUUGAUUUCAUAAGGUUUCUAGUCUUAACUUAUUGGAGAAGCGUAGUUUAUGCUGGUGAAAAUCAUUAAGCAAGGAUGCCCCACUGUGGUCAUGUCUUAUAUUCAGGUGCAAGAUAGCUAAUUGAGAAAUCUAUAUAGGCAGAAUGGCAAAGCUCUAUAGGGCAAAGCAACAAAGCUCCCUUUCUCUCCUCCCUGAAGCUUUGUCCUUAUUUACAGAGCUCUAUACUUAAUUCAUAGACACAGGAAGAAGACUCCCUUGCCUGGAAUCCUCCCAAUAAGCUGAUCAGCCAAAGCCCUGGACUUCCCUUCACUACCAACCCCUACCCUUAAGAUUCCUCACCGCCUGGGUUGAACUCUAGUCCAUAUGGGUAAGCACAGCUUGCUUAAGAGGGAAUUUUUAUGCAAAUGACUGAAAAUUUAUUUAUGGCACCAUAAUUGGGAGAACAGGAAAUGUCAGUGGCACCUUUGAAACUGUCUACAGCAUUCGGGAUCCAGUAAUCUACUAAAAAGAUCUCCCCUGCCAUUGUUUUGCUUAAUGGGAGUAGACAUAGCUCAAGAGUGGCUUUUGUGGUUUAUGAGAUUAUUAAUAAAAGAAGAGGAAGAUCAAUCUCCAAAAAAAAAGAAAAAGAAAAACCAUAUGGGAGGUUAAGGAUUUAGUUGAGGAACAAAAUGAGCACGAGCUCUAUGCAACCAAUCAGAAAGAAAAGUAAGGAAGUCUUAGUUUAUACUUAUCAGAGAAGCAUAGUUGAUGCUGGUGAAAAUCAUUAAGCAAUGAUGCCCCUCAGAUGGUUGUGUCUUACAUUCUGGUGCAAGAUAGCUAAUUGAGAAAGCUCCAUAUGCAGAAUGGCAACAAAGCUUCCUUUCUCUCCUCCCUGAAGCUUUGUCCUUGUUUGUCCUUGUUUACAGAGCUCUAUACUCGAUUCAUAGACACAAAAAUGCUUACAGACGAAGCUUCAAUCAACAUCCUGAAUGUGACUUCCCAUUUCUUUUAGUUGUUUGAAUGUGAAUGACUAAUUAUCAAGUUUGUCAUAAUAAGGACAUGAUUUUUAAAGUCUUUAUUUUCAAAGUACUAAAUUGCUUGUGCUAAGAGGAAAAUUUUAUUUGUAGAAGCAGAUAAUAAAUAUAUACUAAUCAUUAAAUCA